AUGAUAGAACAGAUUUUCUUUAAUAUAGUUUGUGGUCACAACGCUGAAGGAGUUUCGGAUGAACAGUCUUUGCCUGCUGCUGAUGAACUGAAACUAGAAGAUUAUAAACAACUUUCAGAGUGCGGAGACACUGAAACAUUGGACACUCCUGUAGAAAGUGUCGACCAACCAUGUGCUGCAGAAGUAUCUGUAGGAGCAAUUGCAGAACAAGUCAAUGAUGAAGAAAGCAAAGCUGACCAGCAUUUCUCUUCUGCAGAAGUCCAUUCUGACCAGCAAAUCUCUCAUAUCAAAGAGGACUUAUUAUUCUUGCCUUCUAAAGAAAUCCAGCCUGAACACAUCUCUCUUGAUGAACAAGGAAAUAAUAAUUUAUUAGUCUCACCUUUUAAAGAAAUCCAGCCUGAACAGCACAUCCCUCCUAAUGAACAAGGAAAUAAUAAUUUAUUUGACUCACCUUCUAAAGAAAUCCAGCCUGAACAGCACAUCCCUCUUGAUGAACAAGGAAAUUAUAACUUAUUAGGCUCACCUUCUAAAGAAUUCCAGCCUGAACAGCACAUCCCUCUUGAUGAACAAGGAAAUUAUAACUUAUUAGGCUCACCUUCUAAAGAAUUCCAUCCUGAACAGCACAUCCCUCUUGAUGAACAAGGAAAUUAUAACUUAUUAGGCUCACCUUCUAAAGAAAUCCAUCCUGAACAGCACAUCCCUCUUAAUGAACAAGAAAAUAAUGAUUUAUUAGGCUCACCUUCUAAGCAAAUCCAGCCUGACCUGCAAAUUCCUUCUACUGAAGACGGCAAAGAGGAUUUAUUAAAUUUGCCUUCUAAAGAAAUAAAGGCUUCACAGCCCUCGUUGGUUGCUGACGAAAGUAAUGUCUGCCUGCCUUCCUCUCCUUGUAAAGAAAUUCAACCUGAUCAGCUAACUUUUGCUGCUGAAGGAAUCACUUCCCCUUGUAAAAAUAAUCCGUCUGAACAGCCAGUUUUUUUGACUGAAGUAAAUAAAUUUGAUUCGUCCACAUCCUCGCCUAAAGAAUUCAUUUUGGAAGAGCCAACCCUUUUUGGAGAUGAAAACAAAGUAGAUCUGUCUGCCUCCUUAUUUGAUAUCCAGUCUGCAGAUCCAGCCAUUGUUUCAGAGCAUAAAGAUGAUCUAUUUUCCUCUCCUCCUAAAGAAAACCAGCCUGAGCAACCAGCUGCUAUUGCAGAAGAAAGUGAAGCACAUAUGUUUUCCCCUUCUGAUCCAAUACAGGUAGAACAGGCAGUGCCUUUAUCAGAAAACAGCCAUACAGAAGAUCUGUCCUUAUCUACAGGAGCUUCACCACUUGAGGAUAAAGAUGAGAACUUGGCAUCUCUUCAGAAAACACCAGCAUCUAUAAAACAAGCUUACAAAAAAUGUGACCGCAAAUUUGGCAGAACAAAAACUCCAGUAGUGCCUGUUUCAGAUGACUUCACUGAUCUUCCUUUGAGCAGGCAGACUUCAAUACCGUCUCCUGUGGAAGAUGCAUAUACUUCUGAUAUAUCGACCAGAGCCAAAGCUCUGCAUAAAAAGGCACAUGAAGUAAUGGAAAGCAGAAGAGAACAAUCAAAAGACAGUUGGGAUCAGGAAGGUAAUCAAGCAGUAAUGAAGAAGAAAAAGAAGAAGCCUAAACAGAAGAAGAUCUAUCCACCAAAAGGAACAGAACUUUUUGGCAGUGAUACCCUUGUAAAUACUAAAACUCAUACUGAGGAAUCUAAAUCAGGUACUGAUGCUCAGUUUGUGGAACAAGGCAUAUCCAAACCAAUGGCAGGUGCAAGGAAAGAUCAGCUCUUGAAAAAUGAAGCAGCUGAUAUGGUUGCGAAUCCACUUACUGAUGUAAAUGAGAAGUUAAACCUGUCCCCAGCUACUGUUCUGAUGGUAGAAAAGGGAAUGGGUCAAGUAGAAGUAAAGGAGAGGGACCCAUCACGUAAAGAAAGGUUAGACCCCAUUGCUCAAAAUGUUGAGGGUAAAGAUCAGUCCACUUCUUCUACUGUUCUAAUUGAAGACCUAACAAAAGAAUCUAUCUUUAAAGGUAAACAGUUUGCAGAGUUUCAGCCUGUAAUUUUAGAUGAAGCUAAGGUAUCAAAAACUCUAGUGGAGUCUAAAAGUGAACCUGUUGACAAAGACUUUUUUAAAUGCCCAUAUUUAAAGCAAAAGCUUAUUGAAUCUACGCUGUCUAAUAAAACUGAUAGACAAGGAAGCAAUACAAAUGAAGGAAUCAUUGAGGAGCCAAAGGAAAAUGUUAAAGAUCCCCCUCUAGAGAAAGGUACUGACGAAUCACUGCUUACAGUUACGGCAAUGUGCGAUAACCACAUAAAGACAGAGAAACAAGGGGUUGAGCAUCAAUCUCUGAAUAGUCGAGAGCAAAUGGCAAGUUUAAAAACUGAGACAACAAAAUCACAGAGACAAUUAAAUAAAGAAGUUGAUUCUCUUGAAUCUCAAUUGAAAUCAGAGCAUAUGCUUGUAGAGGAUCCUGUUAAAAUAAGGCAAACUUUAAGAGAUGAGCUUUAUCCCAUGUCUGUUAAAGAAUUCCCUUUAGAUAGAAAGCUUGAAACUAAAGCUGUUCCCCUUGGAUAUAAAGUUAAAAGCAAGAAAGGCAAAGUAAAAGUUAAUUAUAAUAUAGCAGAAUCCCCCAAAUCUGGCAUGUAUGAAAGCAUAGGUGUUAUGGAAGUGACAGAAGGGAGUUUAGUAGGCUUCCUUAAGACCGAUAAAGAAGAGAUGAGCAAAGACGUUCUAUUGCUUACAAGCAUUGGAGAUGCAAGUAGUAUUCAUGAUGUAACUGCAAAGCAGACCUUUGACCAGGAGCCUUCAGUACUAAUGCUAGUUACUGAUUCUAGCAAAACACCAUAUGACACAACAGUAAAAUGUGACACACUUAAGACAGAGUGUGACAGAGGAAAUAGUUCAGAACUCAAAUCUGAGUGUAAGCUGCCACUGACAAAGUUGGAACAGGAAUCCACAGAACCAGAAGUUAAAGAGUCUCUGAAAAAUGAAGCAAAAAGCAUUUUUUCUGACCAGAGCAAAACUGAGAGUAAGAUUGCUCAGACUGAUCAGAAGUGUCCCAGUUUGAGUGAAGUGGGCAAUCAAAUAGAUCUUGCCAAAGAGAACUUUUUUUCGAACUAUAAAGUGAAAAGUAAGAAAGGCAAAGCAAAAGCCAGUGGAAUUAGUUUACCUCCUGUAGAAUCAGGUGGGACAGCUGAUCAACGGAUCACAGAGGAUAAAAAAAAAUAUGAUAAAGUGGGGUCACGUAUAACAUUUAUGGAUAAAGGCCCUGGUUAUGAAAUUAAAAAGAAAUCUGAACGUGCUUCUUUGAAACGUCCACACAGCUCAGAGGAAACAAAAAAUGUUAUGUUAGCAACAAAAGACAAAACAAAAGAUGAAGGUAAAAUAACUGAAGACCUUGCUCUAAGUGCCCCCAAAGGUCCCUUUGUUCCAUCCUUACAAAAGAUGAAACUUAAUGAUCAUGCUAACGAUAAAGACAGCAAACAUGAACAACUUACUGAAAAGUUUAAGCCAGUUUUGCUGACUUCCCCUACAGUUUGCAUUAAGGCAGACCAGGCAUUGUCUCAAGAUAGCACUUUAGAAAAGCCCAGUGAUGACUUUUUGUCUCUUCUUAAUGAAGAUAUUUUAAUACUCACCUCAGGGACUCCUAAUAUAGCUGUUAAAGAUUUAGAAGUAUCAGUAACUGAAAUCCAUGAGCCAGUAAACGAUACUGAGGAUAAAGACCGGUUAGAUCAAAAACAUUCUACAAACCCGGUGCCAUCAAUAGAUAAAGAGAAAGACACAAAGCAAGUAAACAUUGCUUCUGCACAUGUAGCCAGCUGCCAAAUUGUUGCAGUGUUGGAUGCAGGGAAACAAAGUACUGUGGUUCAGUCUGAACCAAAUGAUUAUUUAGAUCAGGUUGGUCUGACAGAAGUACUGUCUCCACUUCAUAGUAGUUUGAAUAUUCAAGCCAUUGAAUCGCCAGAUACUCCUCUAGACACCUCUCUGGCCGAUUCAAUAAACAUUCUAGAAUGCCCUUCUUUAAUGCCCCAGUCUGAUUUACAGCAUGCUGUUGAUCUACCAGAUGUUGGUUCUCUUGUACAAAAAGCAAAGGUUGAUCCUGUAGAGAAGUUAAAUUUCUCAGAGUUAACAUCUAAAGUGGAAAAUGACCUUGGUACUUUAAGUACGCGACAAUUACAGACAGAGGAAAUGUAUCUACAAUUUGAUUUAAAACAUGAGCAGUGUUUAGAUGCCAAAUUAAAUGAACUUCUAAAAGAUAAUGUUGGGACAGAGGUAAAACUUGUUAAAAUAAGUUCCUCAAAUGACUUGGAGACUUUAGAUUUACAUAAGGCCACAGAAGAUACCAAUGAGAAGACUAGUGUCCCACAUAUAGAUUCCUUACAAAAGAAAAAAUUGCAACCUCAUCAAGAAAAAUUUCAACAAAAGGGCCCUACCAAGGCUGAACAUAAAAUUAACUCAUCCGAGCCAGUAAAAGGUUACAUGAGGCCCACUAAAUCUAGAGGGACCACAACACCACUUACUAGAGCUGCUGCCCCUGAUGGUGAGAAGCCAAAGCAGUCGGACCUCCGCUUAAGCCAUCAAAGGCAAGAUAAAGUGAAAUGUGAAGCAGUUGAACCCACUGAAAACGCUGUGAAAUCUGAAGCUACAACAGAAAAUGACAUAACUGCUCCACCAAGUAAAGAGCUUCCACCAAGUCCAGAGAAAAAAGUUAAGGCUUCUACACCAGCUAUCAAGGCUACAGCAGCUAAAGGCAAAACCCUUAGUGCACCAAGCCCUAGAAAAACAAUCUCCUCUACACCUACCCAAGUCAAAAAAACUGCCAGCCCAGCUCCGGCUCAAACGACCACUCCCAAGCGCCCGCUGGGAACUACUGGGAGGCCAUCAAAUUUAACACCUAAGGAUUCAAAAGAGGCAAAACCAAAGAGUCUUGAUCUGAAAAGCCCUAUCAAGAGCCCUGAUAAAAAGACGGCAGCUCCAAAACAAACUCCUGUAUCGACGACUCGUUCUAUUGUGAAGGCCAGUCCCUCUGCUUCCAAAACCAACACAUCUGCAACUGCACUUACCACAGGAUCUGCUCCUCCAAAACCGCCUCUUACUCCAAAGCGACCCACCUCCAUUAAGGGUGAAGAUAAACCUACAGAAGUGAAGAAACCUGCUACGAAAUCUCCCACAGAGUUGAGCCGCCCAAAAUCGUCACCAGCUGACCUUGCAAAGAGUAAUGGAACAGUUCCUUCCAGCUCUGUAACAGCCCCCAGCCGUCCUAAAACUACCAAACCAUCUGUUCCCAAAACCACCUCAGCAACCACAGAAUCAAAGAAGCCAACUACUACCAAACCAACUGCUCCAUUAAAGAAGGUUGUGUCAGCACCACAGAGCAAGACUACCUCUACCCUCCCUAGUAAGCCUGCUGCUCCAAAGCAACCUCGACCAGUUAGCGCUCCAGCUCCAGACCUAAAAAAUGUCCGGUCAAAGAUUGGCUCCAUAGACAACAUGAAGCACCAGCCAGGUGGAGGCAAGGCUAAAGUAGAGAAAAAAUCUGUGCCAGUCAGCACAGCCAGAAAACCUGUGCCCCCCAUGGUCACUAAAACUGCCACCUCUAAACCAGCAGACACAAAAGAGACUGCACAAAAACAGGCCAAUGGGAAAGUCCAGAUAGUCUCCAAAAAAGUGAACUACAGCCAUAUUCAAUCAAAGUGUGGCUCCAAGGAUAAUAUUAAGCAUGUCCCUGGUGGUGGGAAUGUUGCAAAUGCUGCCAAACCCACUGCCGUGGGUGCCCGCCCACAAGCAUCCAGUAACAAACCAGGGAAAGCCAAUGUGCAGAUCAUGAACAAAAAGAUUGAUGUCUCAAAAGUGACUUCCAAGUGCGGCUCAAAAGCUGCUGUUAAACAAAAAAAUGGUGGAGGCGACACAAAGAAUGAAGAGGAAAACAAGGCAGAGACCCUUCAAGAUAAAGAGGAAUUUUGUGCAUCUAAAGAAGAGACUGCCCUAUCUGUACAGAAAGAGGAUUCAGUGACACCAACCACAGGGGCACAUGAAAACGGACUAGGGGAGGCAGCCCUCACAUUAGGUGGGGAUCAAAGGGAAAGUCAGAGCUUAAACGCUCUGAUACCAGAGACAAGCAUCUAAUGAUGACUUUAUGGUGUCGUCUUCCAUCUCCUUCAUUGUCUGCUCUCCUUCCCUUUCAACUGUUAUCAUGUCUCCCUCCCACUUGUUCUUGUUCUCCACCCACCACCAAAAUCGCCACACUGUUUUACUGCAGAUUGAAGUACCCCAGAAUGAAGCCUCAAUGAACAAUCAACCACAGAGAAGAUGUUUUCAACCUUCUAGCCAGCACUUUCACCAUCUUUUCCCGUCAUCCAGUGUGGCUAAGUACUUCAGACAUCAAGGCCAGAUGUAUCCUUACGCCUCCAUGCUCCGCUUCUUCUAUGAAUUCCCCAGAAAAAUAUGUAGCUGCUGCUUUUUUACCCAUCAAGACUUGUGCUUCCAACUGUAACAUUUUUUGCACUUAGUAUGUUUAAUCUUCUUAACCUGAUAUCUGGCUCAGAGGGUGGAGAGUCCUGAAACAUUAAGACUUCAUGGCUUGCCUAAUAUGGUAAGCUAUUAUGACAGAUUUAGAAAGUCAUGGAAGGUUCUAAGGUAUGCUGUCCAGAAUAGCUUUAUCUCUGAAUAUAAUUCUUAGGCAGACCAGAGCUUAUCAAGCUUCCAUGAAAUUAAGAUGCUUGGUAUUGAUAAAUUAUGUAUUGCAAGCUCAUCAUAAAACAAAUCUGUUACUCGGCUGUUUGCCAGCCAUGAAUCUAGUAUUUAAGAUUAGCAUUAAAUUGGUAUUAAGUUGUAAUUCAGGAAAUCAUUAAAUUGUUGCUCUGUUUCUCUGCUCAGUAUCAUUAAGAGGAAUCUAGACACACUAGGCGGGUGGGUGAUAGCAUAAAAUUAGGUCGGAAUAAAAAUAAUUAUUUAUACUUAAUCAGCUCAUAUGCCACCUCUAUGAAGCCAGACACAUGGUUAAGAAUCUAGUAUUGUUAUUGUUUUCUGGUUGCUCUUUGCCAUUACCCAUUCACAUAUUUCUGGUGUUAUUUAAUAUAAAAAUGAUAAAUGUAUAGUAUAUAUGACACACAAGCACACAAAGUAGAUAAUCUUCCCUGUAGACUUCCUGACCUGUACUUGUGGUAGUUUGAAAUCUUUGUGUCUACCAUUUUCUCUGUUUCUUAGUGACAGGUGAAGACCUGCUUUUGCAGUGCUAGCUUAAACAUAUCAAGCUGUUGUGAUUGUGUUCUUUUGAUUUGUUUAGAUAUUUUAAUGUUAUUGAAGGGCAGAUUAAAUUAAUUGGGUAAGCUAUGUUGAAAACGAAAGUCAUGAGCAUGUGUUACUGGAAUUUGUUUUCUUCUUGGACUUGAAUGAAAAGCGCUAUUUGCCUGCAACUUUUCGAUCAUCCCUUGGAUAAUACAAUUUUACAGCCAGAUUAAAUUCAUUUUAUGUUUUGAAAAUUCUUACAGAACAGAUACUGGUACUUUUUUUUUUUUUUUUGUAACUAAAGGUGGCUUAAAAGUUGCAGGUAUUUUAGACUCCUUAGUAUCAAAUGUGUGGGUUUGCGGAUGUGAUUUAAUUCCAGAGGUUCUCUCAAAUAAUGAGUAAUGAUGGUUUUAAAGUUUUCGAUGAAGAUUCCUUCAUAAAAUGAGACCAGAUAGGUAAUAAGCAAUUUAAGAAACUGUAAUCAAUUUUGAAGGGUGAAUGAGUUAAAACAAAAAUGUUUUCUACUUUUUUGGUUUGAAACUAACAUAUUAUGUGCUGUGACAGACACUAAAGGAAUAAUAUGUAAAUAAAUUAUUCACUGGACUUGAGGCUUAUAAACAAUAAUUGAUCGUCAUUUUGGAUCAGAAUAUACUGUGCUCAUGCAGGCUUUUUAGAUCCAAAGAAACCAAAAUUCAAGCAAUGAAAAUUAUGGAGAGGCAUGUCUUGUACUAGUAAGUUUCUCCAUGGAAAUUAAACCACCAUAGUGAUAUCCGGAUUCUGUAUCACCACAAAGUUCUUAUUGCACUUGUAUUUUAUAUAUAUAUAUAAUAUUAAAGUAUGCAUGAUUUCUAAUAAAAUGACAUUCAAAUUUAACAA